AUCCAUUCUAAAAGAUUAAAAGCUUCCCAAUCUCCUCCGUCGAAUCUUUUUCGAAUCACAGCUGCUUUAAUUCAAGAUUUGGCGAAAAGGAAACCAGUUUUCCAUAAUAGAUAGAGGCCGAGGUGCUUAGACGUCCUCAGAACCUGAAGAAAUGGAGCCUUCUUCAGCCCCGUUGAACUAUAUUGUUCGAGGGCCAGAAGGCGUAUCCCUUCUUGUUGGCCCGCCUUUCAAAGACGGAGAGCCAGCCGUAAAACUUGAAAAGGUGACAUGCACUUCUGCAAAGUUUAGUGAUGAUGGGAGUAAACUUCUAGUUAUCACAGAAAGCAGUGUCGUCGUCUAUGAUUGUGACGGAGCCACUCAGAUUUGUUCUAUUGGGGUUCCUGGUAUCAUUGCUGUAGCCUUUUCUCCUCAAGGGAAGCUUUUGCAGACAUUCCGUCGACCAUCUAACAACCAGGACAAGAAUCUUGUAUUAUGGGAUGUUCAAUCUGGAGCUGCCGUCUAUCAAUUGUAUCAAAAAAAUAUAUCGAAAACUACUUGGCCUUCUUUCCAAUUCAGUGAAGAUGAUGCAAUUGCCUGUCGAAUGGCAACCAAUGAGAUACAUAUUUUUGAUACACAAAACUUUGCCAGAGGAAUUGUAAAUAAGUUACGUCUUCCUGGAUUAGCUGGGUUGCAACUUGCUACAUCUCCUCCAACAUAUCUAGCUGCAUAUGUUUCUGAAUCAAAGGGAAUACCAGCUAGUGUUCGGAUAUUUGAACGAGAGAAACUUGACCAGGCACAGCCUGUGGCUCGGCGGAGCUUUUUCAAAUGUUCUACAGCACAAUUAAUUUGGAACCAUGGAUCAACUGGACUUUUGGUUUUAGCACACUCUGAUGUUGACAAAAGCAACCAAAGUUACUAUGGGGAAUCCAGAUUGCAUUACUUGACAACCGAUGGGAGUCAUGAAGGGAUGGUGCCUCUUCGCAAGGAGGGACCUGUCCAUGAUGUCCAGUGGUCUCCUUCGGGAUCUGAAUUUGCUGUGGUGUACGGAUUUAUGCCGGCGAGCGCAACAUUAUUUGACAAGAAGUGCAAUCCUCUGUUGGAUUUUGGCACGGGUCCUUAUAAUACACUUAGAUGGAAUCCUCAUGGAAGACUUUUAUGUAUAGCAGGUUUCGGUAAUUUGCCUGGUGACAUGGCCUUUUGGGAUUGUUCUGCCAAAAAGUUGCUGGGGAGUACAAGGGCUGAAUGGUCAGUAACUAGUGAAUGGUCUCCUGAUGGAAAAUAUUUUAUGACAGCGACAACAGCUCCACGGUUACAGAUAGAUAAUGGGAUCAAAAUUUUCUCUUAUAAUGGAUCCCUAUAUUAUAAGAAGAUGUUUGAUAAACUAUACCAGGCAGAUUGGAGACCAGCAGAAGCUAGUUUGUAUGGAGAUCUUCCAGAGUUAGUUGAACAAGUGAAGGAAAGUCUGACAAUUGACAAAAGCAUUGCAGAAUCCAAGACUUCGAAUCCACAGCCAAACUUGUCUGCCAAUCUUGGAAAACCUGCAGCUUCAAGUAAAGCUGCAGCUCCAGUGAAACCUGCAGCCCCAGCAAAACCUGCAGCAUAUCGGCCACCACACACAAAGAAUGCUGCUGCUAUAAAUGCUCAGCUCUUUGGCGAGGAGAAAUCUUCCGAAGAGAUGAGUAAGAGUGCUCUUAAAAACAAGAAGAAAAGAGAGAAGCAGAAAGAGAAAAAAGCAUUAGAAGCUGCCCCAGGGAAUAAUAGUUAAAUCUGUCUACUUUGGGUUGGAGUCUAGGCGAAAGGAUUGUUGUAAAUUUGUUUAUCUGUCAAUAGCUGCAACAUCUAGUCGCAAGGGUAUUAUUUAUGCAAUUUUUCUGCUGGGAUUUUCAGAAUCUUUUGGAUAUGAAGGCCCAACAUAUGUUGCCAUCAAUCGUUGGAAAACAAGAAUGCUUGCAUGCCAAUGGGAAAUUUUGUUUUUGGUUUCAGAGUUGAGGUAUUUAUAAGAAAGCAAGUUCACAGAAAAUAAUUCCAGAGAGAACUGACACUAUAAAAGUAGUUCAACGUGUGAAUGGCAACUCUCAUAAGUUCAAGGGCUCUUAUUCACUUUUUAUCUAAGUACGCUUUCUUUCCCUGAAAAAUAUCUGUUAAAUUGUGCCACGUUUAGUUUGCCAGCUAUGAAAUAUGACCUGACAUUGAAUUUGUUUGAAGUAUUUGAGAAUAGUGUUAAUGUGGGUGGCUAGUCCGUCAUUUGUUUGCUA